AUGUUCGCGGACGAUGGGUCGCAGACAAAAGCUGAUGGACCUAGUACUCAAGCACCACUCCAACAGCAAGCAGCGGUGGCCUUGGCAGGGCUUGUCCUUGCUAGCGACGAUGAAGACAUGACAUCAAUCGAUAUCGACAAGCUCAAGACAGGGCGAGUCAUGGAAAUGUCAGCUUUCCUUCUUGCCGCCUUUAUUCAACUCCUGUUUGAUGGCCCAUGGCCUCAACAACCAAAAGAAUUGAUAGCGGCGCUGCUCAAGCCUCGCAGUGCCUCGUCAAAAAUAGCCUCUACGCUUGCGAAAAAUAUUCUCAUUACCACUGGCUACCACGACGUCCCUGCAGAAGAAACGCAGCCGAAGAUCUUGAAAAUUGGUCCCCUGAGGGCCCUGCUGAGUGGCCUCAUCGCAGCCGCUGCCGAGGCACCGCUUAAACCCAAGAUGGCUGAGGUAGUCUUGCAGGUCGAGACCGACGUUUCAGAUGACCUUUAUACGGAAAUGGAGAAGAGGGUACAGACCCGGCAUAAUGAAAUUCGAGUAGCUACUACGGCUCUUGCUCAAAUCUGCGACGCCGCUCGAACUCCCGGACAGACUGCCCCGCGCGAGCUUGCGGAUUCCAUACGCUUAGUAGCGGUCUUACUAGCAUUGGCACAUCCAGUCGCUGCCCAGAUCACAGCAUCACUUAUAACAAAGAAGAAUGAAGAGACCUUUCCCAGCCUUAUCAAGUGCUGGUUCGGCCAAGGAAAAGAAGACGAGACCCCUUUUCAACAAAGCCUUCGCGCGUUCAUCAGGCGUCAAAUGUUCAGCCCUGUAGAUCUCCAGACUUUGUAUCAUCGUCAUUUCCAGUAUGUCAUCGAAUAUUUCGGCUACGAUUAUAACCGAGCUGCCACCAGCUAUACCUGGACCCUGAGCAAAUACGUCGACAUGGUUGCCUCCCUACCGCCAUGCCUAUGGAAGGCCCUAUUUCUCAGCUUUUACCAUGAUGAUUUCAAACUUCCGGAGGAAGAUCUGGCCGUGGACGACCUUCUGGGACAGCUCGAGUCUACAAAGAUUGAUGGCGAGUCACUCAAUCUACUCACGCUUCAGAAAUACACCAAAGUCAAGAUUGAGUGGGUGGACAACGUGGCCAGACACCUGAUUCUGUCCCAAAGAACUGGUCGGGAUGUCCUCGAAGUUUAUGCCUUCCCUCGCAUCCUCGAAAUCAGCAGCCAACGCCCAAUAUCAAGCAAACAUCCCUUCUAUGAAUAUCAACAAGAAGUCCUAUGCACGUAUGGACUGCUGUUUCCAGUAUGGAAAGGUUCUCGAAAGCUCGACAAAAUCAUCAAAGACGGCAAAAUACAAGACGUACAGUCAAUUCGUAGAAUUGCAAACGUUGUCACCGAAGACAAUCCGGGCAACUGGAACACGAGCGAACUCGGGACCCUCUGGCCGCGUAUCGUAAAAUUGAAGGAUUAUCAAGAUCAGGCCCAGCCAGCUUCGUGGUGGGCGGUCUGGAGGGAUCGGCGUGAUCCGGUCAAGUAUUACGGGACGCUAUUCGCCUUCAUUGCCGUUCCCUUUGCUGUGAUAAGCAUUGGACUUGCUACGGCCUCGCUUGCCUUCGGUAUCACGGGCCCUCGGCCUUAA